AUGUCUAUAAAAAGUAUAUGCUAUUUAGGAGAAAAUGAUGAAGUAUUAUUUUUUUAUUCUACUGAGGAAAAUGAAGAAAUAACAUCUCGAUUCGCUAUUUAUUCUACUUUGAAUAAUAUUAAAAAAUUAAUUGAUUCAAAUGAAAAAAAAGGAAAUGAAAAGAAAUAUGAUCCAUAUCUUGGAUAUGUUGGUAUAAAUCUUUCUCUGUUUAGUUCGUAUAAAAAUUAUGCUUAUGUAAUUAAAAUUAUUGAUUUUAAGAUUAUUUUGACUAUUGAUGAUAAUAAAAAUAAGUACACCGAUGAUAUCCUUAAAGACAUUUUCAAAAGAUUACAUAAAAUUUAUGCAGAUGCAGUUUGCAAUCCUUUCUAUACGGAACAUUUAGAAACUCCUUCAUUUUUAAAAAAAAUUAAAAAAUUAAUAGAAACAUCUUAG